AGUCCAGUUCGAAAACAUGGCGGUGCACAUCACGUUGGCGGAGAGCCGUAAGAAAACGUCGGUACCUGACGCGCCGAAACACCUGGUGACGCCGGGCGACGUCAUCACGGCGGACACGGGAUACAUGAGGGGCCAUGGCACGUACAUGGAUGGUGACAAGCUGAAGGCGUCCCUGGCUGGAGUUGUGGAGAGAGUCAACAAACUCAUCUGUGUGCAGCCGCUCAAGACAAGGUACAAUGGUGAGAUUGGUGAUGUUGUGGUGGGGAGAGUCAGCGAGGUUGGCCAGAAAAGAUGGCGGGUGGACGUUAACUCCAGACUAGACGCCGUCCUCAUGUUGUCAGCAGUCAACCUCCCCGGAGGAGAGUUGAGAAGAAGGUCAGCUGAGGACGAACUGAUGAUGAGAGAGUACCUCCAGGAAGGGGACCUCAUCAGUGCUGAGGUGCAGGCCAUUUUCCACGAUGGAGCUCUUUCCCUUCACACCAGGAGUCUCAAGUAUGGCAAGCUUGCGCAGGGUGUGAUGGUGCAGGUGUCCCCGUCGCUGGUGAAGCGGCGUAAGACCCACUUCCACAACCUGGCCUGCGGGGCCAGCGUCAUCCUGGGGAACAAUGGCUACGUCUGGAUCAGUCCAACCGUCAACGACGAGAGGGGGGAGAGCAGUGGGGGGUACGAGCAGGACCUGGAGCCUGUUCCAUCGGCAGACAGGGAGGUGAUAGCUCGGCUGAGAAACUGUAUCCUGGCCUUGGCCACCCACAAACUCAUGUUGUACGACACAAGUGUGCUGUAUGCGUACGAAGCCUCUCGUCAGCAUCAGGUGAAGGACCUUCUGCAGCCUGAUGUAGCAGAGAAGGUUGCAGAUGACACCAGACAGAGACUACAGAUGGAGUCGGGAUGAUCCUCUGUUCUUAUGUUACAGUUUUCCUGUUUUCUUACUCCUUUCUAAGUUUGUAACAAUAUUUCCAUAAAGAAAAAAAAAUCCCAUAAACUUUAAGCAACAAAACCAAGAGGGUAGACUGUGUUAUUUACAAACAAUAAAAUCAAGGAACUGGAAAAUAAUUGAA